GCUCGAUACACAAGUAAAAAAUUUGGCACGCCCUGAGUUGAGGCAUGCUCCCCUCAUGGAUACAUCUAAAUAUCCAACAGUACGUGGUUUAACAGUUUUUAAAAAAUUAGCUCAGAUUAAGUCAGACUUUUACGGUAAGUCCAGUGAUUAUCCAGCUCCGGUAAUUCCCGCAACCAUUUACUAUAUGAAAUUAACAUUUCAAAUACAAAUGCUUAACGACGGCUAG